AUGUUCUCUGAAGACCAAAACGCGUUCACGCAGUACCACGAGGGCUAUCGAGAGCAGGUGGCAUCCUGGCCAAUCAACCCCCUCCACGUCAUCAUUGACUGGAUCCGCCAGCGACCAGCGACCCUCACAGUUGCUGAUUUUGGCUGCGGCGAGGCGAAGCUAGCAGCCAGUGUGCCCAACAAAGUGACCUCUUUAGACCUGGUGGCUGCUGCUCCUGGUGUGAUCGCAUGCAACAUGGCUCAUACCCCCCUACCAGCCGCCUCAGUCAACAUCGCAGUCUUCUGCCUCUCCCUCAUGGGAGCAGACUACCCCUCCUUCCUCUCUGAAGCUCACCGUGUGCUGCACCCUGGGGGCUCACUCAUUAUAGCCGAGGUGAGGAGCCGGUUUGACCCCACCACAGGAGGGGCGGAAUUGAAGGACUUUGUUGCUGCACUGAAACAGCUUGGAUUCCGCCUUGUCUCCAAGGAUUUGAGCAACAAGAUGUUUCUCCUACUUUUCCUUGAGAAGGUGCAGGCAGAGGUGAGUGACAGGUUGGCAGCCAAAGCUGUCGGAUGCAAGGAUCUGACGGACACGGAGCUUUACGGCUGGCAGGACCCUUACGUGGUGCUGCAGUACGGCUCACAAUGCAAGCGCACAGCCACUCACAAAGACGGCCACACGACCCCCAGGUGGAACGAGACCGUCCGCAUCAACUACCAGCCCAACGUGUUUGACCUGACGGUGGGCGUGUGGAACGAGAACACCUUCAGCCAAGACAGCCCCAUUGGCGGCUGCAAGGUGAGUAUCACCCCCGCGCUGGAUGCAGGGGUGUUUGACACGUGGCAUCCUCUUUACACAUCAAAGCAAGUGAAGAAGGGCAGCAUUCGCCUGAGAAUCAAAUACCAUCCGAAUCCCCAGUACAAGCAGCUGGGAGCCACUCCCUUGCCUGAACUAGUUGCUGCACCAGCAGCAGCAGCACCACCAGAAGCAGCAGCUGCAGCUGCAGCAGCAGCAGCAGCAGAGUGUAACGCAGCUGUCACCAGUAGCAGCAACGCAGCUUCAGGGUCCCUCCCUCGCUCUGCUCUCUCCGUGGCCCUUCACAGCAUCAAUGCUGCACACGGCAACGCUGCAACAGAUGCUUCUAGUAGUGACCAAGGCAGUGGUCGUAAUACAGGCACCAGCAGCAGCAACGCAGCUUCAGAGUCUCUCCCCCGCUCUGCUCUCUCCAUGGCCCUUCACAGCAUCAACGCUACACACGGCACCGCUGCAGCAGAUGCUACUUGUAGUGACGACAAAGUCAGUGCUCGUGACAAAGGCACAGAGCAGAGCAAUGAGCCUGGCCGCCCCACCUCCUCCUCUUCUUCCUCCUCCUCUGGCCGCCCCACCUCCCUCCCGCGCUCUAACCUCUCCAUGCAGCUGGAUGCGAUUGAACGUAUGCUGGCUGCAGCACACAUCGAACCAGACCCCGCUACAGAUGAGUCUGCUGGUGCUGCUGCUGGCGUUGCUGCUGGUAUUGCAGUGGUAGGAAUGGGGAUGGAGGGGGCAGGAGGAGGGAAGGCGAAGGACGAAGUGCCUGGGUGGCAGAUCGGGCGGGCGACUUGGGAGCAAGAAUCGGGAGAGGACGAGGGUGCGUUGCCUGUAGCUAUUGGAGGUGCUGUGGGUGCCCCUCUUAACACCAUGGAUGAAGAGGCCUUAGCUGCUGCCAGGCUGUCUCAGCGGAUUGACGCGAUUUAUCGCAUGCUUGCUGAGAAUUGUGAGGAGGGAGAUUCGGGUGUGGUCAAUUCAGGUGAAUCUGAAAAAGCACCUGAGAACACCAGUGGAGCACCUGGUGGCAGUAGCAGAGAAACACCUGGUUCAGUUGAAUUCGAGAAAGCAGCUGAGGGCCUCGGAAUGACAACUGGUGAUACUGGUAGUGCAUCUGGUAAAACUCCUGGUGACAACAGAACAGCACCUGAUGGCAUCAGAGCCGAACCUGUGGGUGCUGGCCCAGGUGGUGCUGAUUCUGCUGCUGCAGCUGCUGCUGCCACGGCUCUGAAUUCUUCUCCCAAACCCAUGACUCAUAACACGAUCAGCACUACUCCUCCUGCUGCCACCACCAGCAUCACAAAGGCUACCACCAGCGGCAAAACGAGAACUACCAGCAGCGCCACCACCAGCGGCAGCAAGGCGAUCGGACGGUCCAGAUUGCGCACCACCGUGUCACAGAAGCAGCUGGUUACCAUUCACCAGAUCCUGGCAGAAGCAGGGAGAUUGCCGCCCAGUCACAGCAUUCACAGCCGGGCGGCAGAGGCAGCUAAAGGACAAAGCACCGCGGCGGCAGCUGUGUUUGAGAACAAAGGAGGGGGCGGUGCUGGUGGUGUGACGGGGCGGCAGGGGGGAGGGCAGCAGCAGGUCUGGGCUGAUGCGAUUGCGGAAGGGGAUGAAGGGGAAGAGGGAGGGUUGUCGGGGAGGGCAGAAGGGAGUGGGAGUUUAGGAAGGGGAUCGGGAGGGUCGGGAGGAGGUACAGUCGGAGGUUUGGUCACAGGUUCGGUCGGAGGUUCGGGAGGAGCUUUGGUUAGCGCGCCCAGGGUGGCUUCGGGUGGGCAUUCAGGGGGGUUGACAGGGGCUAUGUCAAGCAUGCAGGAGGCGGUAACAGGGGCAAUGGCAGGUGUCAUGUCAGGUGAUUUUUCAGGUGGUGGCUCUGUGCUGACUGGAAUGAUGGGCAUGGUGACAGGCACUGUUUCCGGAGCUAUGGACAAGGUUCGGUCAGGCGAGGCUGAAGACUUGGUUCGGAAUGCGAUAGAAGCAGCCAAGGCCCCCUUGGUGAAAGGAGGGGUGGGAAUGAUGGGGGCGCUGGGGGGUAAUAACACUGCACAAGUAGCAACGCAACCCAAUCCGCAACUACAGGCCGUGCCUAUGUACGCUCAUGCUCCAUAUCCUACUGCUCCUCCUGCUGCUGCUCUUCCGCCUCCUCCUCAUCCUCUUCAUACAGCAACCAGCCAAUCCUGUUCCACGGGUCCUAUCCAUUCGUCCCAUUUUUCUUCCUACUCUUCCUCCUCCUCCACCGUCUCCUCCUCGGUCUCAUACCCUUCUCCCUCCUGGUCCUCCCACCAUCCCACCCCUUCCUACCCUCACCCCUCUGUCUCCUACCCUUCUCCCUCCUCCUCUUCCCUACCUUCCAAGAGCUCUUCCGACCCCCAUCACCCCAGUGGUGGUUACUAUCCCUCCAUCUCCUCCUCCCCUUCUCCCUCCUCUGCCACCAUCCCCUCCUCUCUCACUAACGAAUCUGCACACGCAGAAGUGGGGCAUCGGUGGAAGCAGUAG